AUGCUGCGUCUUGUGUCAUCGUAUGCAACAUCUGCUGCACUCAACAUUAUUAUUCCAUGUGCACGGACAGGAGGUGCGGCUCACUUCUCUUCGUCGGCUUCCUGUCUGUUCACGAAACAAGACCCUGUGGCGCUGAGUGAGGCCAUUCGACGUAUCAUGCGGACUAGUGCACAACCAGUAGCGCUCGUAUCCGCAUUUCUUCCGUCUGAUCUAGGAACAGGGCCUUCCAACCAGAUUCACACUACUACUCUCUCUUCGUUUACGACCGUCUCCUUGGCUCCUCCUCUUGUUGCCUUUUCCAUCCGCCUUCCCAGCCGUAUGGCGGAUGCCUUGCGUGCGGGUGCUGCUAUACCCACCUCCCACCACCAAAGCCCGACACCCGCGCAGAUUAUGUCUAAAAAGCCACACUUUCUGAUUCAUAUCUUGUCGUCGACACAGGGUCCCUUGUCGGAUUAUUUCGCCAAACCUGGAGCUCCGCCUUACGUGGUUGGUCAGGCGAAUCAAGAUGGUCAUCCAUUUGAUACACACCCUAUGCAGCUGUCAGAAUCAGUGGAAGGGCAACUGAUUCCUCGUGAUGCUGUAGGCACGCUUGCCUGCAGCCUUGUGUAUCAGCUGGACUUGACAUCGUCCGAUUUGCAUGGCACGACCGAAUUCGAGAAUGGUUGCAUUCAUACGGACGAAGUUGGCAGCAUGCUAUUCCUAGCGCAUAUCCACCAUGUUGAGCAGGGCGAUGUACCUCCCUCUGUGUCGGACGUACGGAAGCCACUUGUGUAUUGGCACCAAAAAUACCAUACCUGUAACGAGGCUCUAUAG